AUGGCUCGCACUAAGCAGACCACCGGCGGCAAGGCGCCGCGCAAGCAGCUGGCCACCAAGGCGACCCGCAAGAGCGCGCUGGCCACCGGCGGCGUGAAGAAGCCGCACCAAUACCGCCCCGGCACGGUGACCCUGCACGAGAUCCGCCGCUACCAGAAGUCCACGGAGCUGCUGAUCCGCAAGCUGCCGUUCCAGCGGCUGGUGCGCGAGAUCGCGCAGGACUUCAAGACCGGCCUGCGCUUCCAGAGCACGGCGGUGAUGGCGCUGCAGGAGGCAUGCGAGGCCUACCUGGUGGGGCUCUUCAAGGACACCAACCUGUGUGCCAUCCACGCCAAGCGGGUUACCAUCAUGCCCAAGGACAUCCAGCUUGCCCGCUGCAUCCGCGGAGAGAGGGCUUAAUCCAAGGAUGCUGCUUUCUCUGUACGGAAAAAGGCUCUUUUCAGA